GCAGUGUCAACGAGCCCCCGAACGGUCCCGCCUCAUUCCCUCUCGUGUGUGUGCCUCGCAAGUCUCUGCUUGGUAAACCGUCACAGCUUCGGCGCGCGAGAGUGGCGUUGGCACGGCCAAACCCCGGGGUCCUCGGCCAGACCAGGGGGGCUGGCGGGCGGCGGCGCCGGGCCGGGCGCGCCCCGCGGGCUCCGGGCACACGCCCCUCACCUGGGCGAGGCCGGGCGCGCAGGCGCUCAGCGCGGGGACAGCGGCCGGGCGCCUAAGCCCCGCGCCGGCAAGAGUUGGACAGUUCCGGGGCCGCGCCGGGCCGAGCUGUCGCCGGCGCCACCUCCACCUCCGCCGCCGCCACCGCCCGGGCUGCAGCAGAUCGCGGGAGAACGUCUGCGCGAAGCCCGGGUGCAGCCCUGGCGGGACCGCAGCCACCACCGGAGCGUGAGCAACAGCUUCCCGGCUGGAGGAGCCACUGCCCCACGCGCCCGCGGCCCGCGCGCCGAGAUGUUCUACAUUUCAACUCCAUCAAAUAUUAAAUUGACGUUUAUGGGCUAAACUGGAAACUUAGAAACAAUUUGUUUCACUACAAGGAUAAGAAAAUAUGUCCAAAUUCCUGUCGGCUGACAUAUAAAGAGACUUUUAGAACACAACCCAAUGCAUGAGGUACUCCUUAAGCCCUGACAACCAUCUUGAAGAUGGAAUGAUGAAUAUGGCAAAUUUUCUACGGGGCUUUGAAGAAAAGGGGAUAAAGAGUGACAGGCCUGAGGACCAGUUGAGCAAAGAGAAAAAGAAAAUUCUGUUCUCCUUCUGUGAAGUGUGCAACAUCCAGCUGAACUCUGCAGCCCAGGCUCAGGUGCAUUCCAAUGGCAAAUCCCACCGCAAACGAGUGAAGCAGCUGAGUGAUGGGCAGCCUCCACCGCCCACGCAGGCCAGCCCCAGCUGCAACAGCAGUACAGGUAGUACAUGCCACACUACUACCCUUCCUGCUCUUGUGCGCACACCUACCCUGAUGAUGCAGCCUUCACUGGAUAUCAAACCAUUUAUGUCUUUUCCAGUGGACAGUAGUUCUGCUGUUGGGCUCUUUCCAAAUUUUAACACAAAAAGAAGAGGCUUAUUUGGGACCAAUAAAUUUUGCCAGAUGGAUCCUGUGCAAAAGGCAGUUAUUAACCAUACAUUUGGAGUAUCCAUUCCCCCAAAGAAGAAACAAGUUAUUUCUUGUAAUGUCUGUCAGCUUCGCUUUAAUUCUGAUAGCCAGGCCGAGGCCCACUACAAAGGAAGUAAACAUGCCAAGAAGGUCAAAGCACUAGAGGCAACGAAAAAUAAACCCAAAAUGGUUUCUUCCAAGGACAGCGCAAAGGCUAAUCCCAGCUGCUCCAUCACUCCAAUCACAGGCAACAACUCUGACAAAUCAGAAGAUAAAGGGAAGUUAAAAGCCAACAGUUCCAGUCAGCCAUCAAGCUCUGAAAGUGGCUCAUUUCUCCUCAAAUCUGGCACAACACCCCUGCCACCUGGAGUAGCCACUUCUCCCUCCAAGAGCACAAAUGGAGCUCCCAGUACUGUUGCUGAAUCAGAAGAAGAAAAAGCCAAAAAAUUACUUUAUUGUUCACUAUGCAAAGUGGCUGUGAACUCCCUGUCACAGCUAGAGGCACACAACACAGGAUCUAAACACAAGACCAUGGUUGAAGCUCGUAAUGGGGCUGGUCCAAUUAAAUCCUAUCCUAGACCUGGAUCAAGAUUAAAGGUGCAGAAUGGCAGUAAGGGAUCAGGACUACAGAACAAGACAUUUCAUUGUGAAAUCUGUGAUGUUCAUGUUAAUUCAGAAAUUCAACUCAAACAGCACAUUUCUAGCCGAAGGCAUAAAGAUCGAGUUGCAGGGAAACCACUGAAGCCAAAAUACAGCCCUUACAACAAACUCCAACGGAGCCCAAGUAUUCUAGCAGCAAAACUUGCAUUCCAGAAAGAUAUGAUGAAGCCUUUGGCCCCAGCCUUCCUGUCCUCACCUCUUGCGGCGGCAGCGGCCGUGUCCUCUGCGCUGUCACUCCCACCUCGGCCUUCUGCCUCGCUCUUCCAGGCUCCAGCCAUUCCUCCAGCUCUUCUGAGGCCGGGGCACGGGCCCAUCCGCGCCACUCCUGCCUCCAUCCUCUUUGCUCCAUACUAACGUCUGCAAAACCCAAGACGUUUGAGGCCAGUAGGAAGCUGAGAAGAAAAGCCACAGGGAUUCAGCAUUUAAGCAGUUUGUACUGCAGUACCCCCAUUCACCCACAAAAUGCAGCCUACCCACCCCAAGCCCCAGUUCCAAAGAGAAACACAUCACUAGAUUCAAGAGGGCUUUUAGAGACCGCUCCUAUAAUUUAGGAAUCUGAGCAGCAUAGGCUUUAUCUCCCUAUUUCCUCCCUGACCCUAUCCCGUUCAAUUUGUGUAUCUCAGAUAUUUGGUUUCUUGCACAUGUAUUGGUCAGAAAGAAAAAGAAAGAAAAUCAUUCUCUAUUUUUCCAUGGGUAUGAUCUGGCUUAAAACAAUAUGGAAUAUUUUCCUGACAGACUUGAAAACUAGGAUCUUCCUCAGAUGUCUGUAAAUAACUCUGGUAUCCAACUGGGUGUAUUCUAGUGUGGAACAAAAAUCAGUGAACACAAGUGCUUACUUGUGGAUACCACCUUACCAACGUAUCACAAAGUUCUCUUUUUGGUGUACUGUUGACACAGAUUGUGUACUGUUUCGACCCAAGUACUGUUGUAUCCUGUGUAGUACUAGAUUUGUAUCUCUUGUCUGAAUUGAACAUUUUUAGUUGCUGUGUAAAUGUUAGGAAGCAACGUAGCUUUGAAUUUUCUCUUUAAGAGAACAAAAGAUAAAGUAAUGUAUUUUUGUUGUUUCACAUUUUAUUUGGAGAUAUUUAAAUGAAAUAGAAAGCCAUAUAACAUAGCUAUAAUUACUACCUGUUUGCUAUUUUUGUUUAACUUAUUUUGUAGCUUCCUCACUGGUUUGUGUUGCUAAGCAAAUGUAUACAAACAGAAAAAGAGCUUCCUAAAUUGCACAUUUUUGCAUCUCUUGUGCAUUCUGCAAGAAGACAAUGAAUCCAUGUAUUUCUAUAUAAUUAUCUUCUUCAUUUUUAACCUGUUUUCAUUUGUAAUGAUGCUACAUAAUUUUGUGGCUCUUUAAUGCAAUAAUGUACAGAAGAUUAAAAAAAAUUUAUAAUUGAAGAAUUUGUUUUUCUGUUCACUGAAUAUGUUGCAGGUCAUGCUCCCAUGCCCCCCUUUCUAAGCUGAUAUCAGCAAGAUUGGAAUGUUUGUGAUAUCAGGGGGGAGUUAUCAUAAAACAACAAAAUAGAGUAAACUCUUUUAGAGCAUCUGUAUCUGCAACCUGUAAAUGGUAAAAUGUCUGUGUAUUUUUUUAAAUGUACCUUUUCAAUAAAAGUACAAAAUAUAAAACCUG